GAGUAUUUAUUUGAAGCGGAGCACAUAUUUAAUCAACAUUAUAUUUUUUAAAAUAGACUUUUCAAUCAAUUUUUUUUUUCAAAAUCGUCAAGGAAAAUAUAAUUUAAUAGCAGAUAUUUUGUUUAAAUUUAAAUAUGGAGCGAUGGAAGAAAAUUGCCCUCACAGAAGAACAGCUUCAAAUUAUCUAUCGGGAGUGGGGAAUUUUUUACACCCAUAAGCAAAAGCUAGACAUUGCAGCUAACUACUAUGACAUCUCAUUGAAUAUAAAAAAUGAUCCAAAGGCUCUAUAUAAUAGAAGUCGUUGCAAGCGGAAUAUUGCUCAAACCGAAGGAUCCUUACGUGAUGCAAGGGCUGCUGUUGAAAGUGACCCCAUGAGUCAAGCUUUAAAUUUGGAAAUCUGUGAUGGCUUAUACGAACUUAACGAAUUUGAAAAAGCUAAAUGUGAAAUUUUUAAUUGUUCACUUAAAUUUACAGGACAUAAAUUACGCGCAUUUCGCAAUAGAAAUGACGUGCUCGAUGAUAACUUUAAUGACACUCUUGGCGAUACUUUGGGGCCACACAUUUUACAAAACGAGAAAUAUUUCCACAAAGCUUUAGAAAAAAUAAUUCGAGAGAGGAAUAUUGACAAACGGCCUCUGUGGAAAGUAUUAAAAAAACAAGGACAUUGUGAUGUUUUGAGUAUUCUUGAAAAAGAAGAAGAACUAAUUUCUCCAAGAGAAAUAGCAAGACAAAAACUUGCAUUUAAUGUUUUCAAUCAAAUUUACAUGAGAAGAAGUUGGGUGGAUCUUCUAUUUAUGAAGACUCUUAAAAGCCAUCCAACCCUGAUUCUUCCGCAGUCCAAAUGGAGUAGUCCCCAAUUGGAAGAAAUAACUCACAACAAAUACGAAGUGGCUAUGCGAUUUUUGAAAAUGCUAAAUGCCAGAGCACCAUUAUAUACAAAGAAUGUACGAAAAUUUACAAACAAAGUUCUACACAAAAAAUCAAAAGAAGAACACCUAUUUCGAGUUCAAUAUCAAGUUCAUCGUAAUAUGUUGGCUAUCUUGAGAAAUAUAAAAAACCUACGAAAAUUGAAGAAAAUUGAGAAAUUAACUCGCUACAUCGAAGAAGUAAUGGGAGACUAUGUUGUGUUGAAAGCUCGUCGAGUUAUGCCUUGGAAAUUUGAGUUUAUCAAUGAAGUCUAUAAUAUCUUAGCGUUAACUUAUAUUGAUAAUUAUUUGAGCACUCCACAAAAUCUUACUGAUAUUAAGCCUGAAGAACGUUUGACUUGGCUCUUGAAACUUCCAAAGGAUAGGGACAAGGAACCAAUUGUAUUUGUUUUUGGUUAUAAGCCAACUCAUCGGAAUGAAGAUUCGGCCGAUCAGCCUAUGAUUGGACAUAAAAAAUUCUUGGCUCGAAUGGAAAAGCGUAUAGCUUACUCUGAAUACUGCAUAGAAAUAUGCUAUUUGCUUCAUGAAAUUGCUAAAAGUCAAUUGAUUAAUUCUCGAUUUGAUGAAUGUUGUAUUAUAGCUCGAAAAAGUAUUGUAGAAGCUACCAAAUGCAAUAGUCUCGUUUGGAAUUUACUUGGAUUGUUACUGAUUUGUAAGUCUCAUGCUGUAUUGCACAAAAUUGAAAAAAUUCACGAUACUUUGAACGAAGCAAAAGGUAUUGCGCAACGUUUGAAAAACGAUGAAGUUAUUCGAUACAUAGACUUGUUAGAUUAUAUCAAUGACGAAUAUACAAUGGAAAAGAAACUUCAGGAAGAAUUCCGGAAAACAAAAAGCAGACACUCAAUGUCUUCUUCUGGCUAUAAGAAUAGCAGCAUCUUCUAAUUGAGAUUCUGUUAAAACAUAGUUGUAUAGCUCCAAAAAUCUAGAGCCACUAAAAUUGCGUGCAUAGUACAUACGUAAAAAAAAUUAAACAAA